UGCGAGAUUUCCUAAGUAAAAGGACUCAACAUUAUCAAUCAAUUCAUGGAACAUACCAACUUCUUCAUUUCCUUUUUACUACUUAAAAAAUAUUUCAAUGAUGGCCGAUUAUUUUCCUCCGAGGAAACGUCGUAGACACGAUGGAUUCAUUCUCAAAAUCAUAGAUAGGAAUAGUGUACAUGCAGCUCCAUCACUCGAUGAAACAGACAGUUUGGAAGCAAGACUUACUAAGAAUCCACGUUCACUACUAGACAUUGCUGCAAGAGUUGCAGGGCAGAACUUUCCAUGCGAAACAUUAGAAGCCUAUCAGCCUCCUCUAGAUGAGGCACUCCUGAAAAAGGUUGCAUUCUGGGCAUUCCCUGAUGAUGAGAAGAAAGUACAAGUGUUUGCAAACCUGACUAAUAAGUACAAUGACUGGGACCAGGGACUGGACCUUCUCUAUGAUAGUGCUAUUAAAGAGGUCUGGCAAGUUGGAUUCAUGCUGACUGCCGUCAUUGACAACCAGGCCAUAUAUGGGUAUAGAGCCAUACCAUGUAGCAACUGUCGUGUAUCUAUAACAUUUGAGCAACAACGCAUCAUAUCCAGCACAUGCUCAGAGGACAAAUGUGCACUAGCCGUAUGGUGCCCUCAUGUGAUUGCUGCAGUAGUAUAUAGGAUCAGGAAUCCAGAUAGGGUUCCUGUACAUGCCCCAAUGACAGAGAGCCUAUCUGUACUGAGUAGGGAGCAACUACAGAAGCUAGUACAGUAUGCUGUACAGGAAGACCCUGCAGGUGUACUCAGCAAAGUAUUCAAACAUUUAGAUGAGAUCAGAGACAUCUCGUCCCACAUGAAUAAGAUGCAGGGUGCCCCUGACCCAACAUUUGGGGCUGCCCAGGAUACAAAGUCCCAAUGGCAGUUGUCCCUUGAGAAACUUGAGAAAAAUCUGGACUCUGAUUUAGAUGACCUAGUGAAGCAGUAUCUACAUGACCCUUUCUCUAACACGGUUCUGUACCACAACAGCUUUGACCUUGGUGACAAGUCAGACUCCAGACUGUUUGGUUAUAUACAGAAGGCCUUGGACCUAGCACAGAAGGAUGAGGUCAUAUCUGCUGCUCAGGUUCUCAUCAAAAUCACAGAUAGAGUGUUUUCAGCCAUGGAGGGCAGUGCUCACUGGAAGUGUAUGGCUUUGGCAAGGUAUUCACAUGACCUGGAGAGAGUCUUUUGUUCCUUCAUGCUACACCCCACCAAUAGGGCAAGAGACAUGCUGCUGGAAGCUGUAGUGGACUUUAACAGACGUGGGAAGAAGCUAGGAAUCUACAAGGUUGAGGACAGUAUUUGGGCUGAAAUUCCAUCUCUACGUCUGCUUUAUGGGAGUAAGGUGCGUCAUGGGCACCCCCAGGGGAUCUUCUACACCCCCUUAUGUGCGGCGGAGGCAGAUCCCUGGCCCAUGGAUGGAAGGGCAAUACUGGACCCCUCCCUCAAGCUCACUGACAGUGAUUAUGAUGAGAAUGUAAUGUUGAUGAUUGCCCGUAUGGAGACAAUACUAGAGGUUUGCCCGGGCGAAGUGUACUCCCCAGUAUGUAGAAUGGCCACAAGGGCCCUUGUUAAGCUAUUGAAAAUGGCGGAAGAUGACUGUGUGUUGUCCCAGAAACCACAAACCUUUGGAAAGCAGCGUGGAACAACUGGAACUUCCUACACCGGUAAAGGAAAGGGAAAGGGCAAAAGUUCAAAAGGCAAAGGAGGCAAAGGAGGCAAAAGUUCAAAAACUGCUCGGAUGUCAGUCGGAAAAAAUAGUGAAUCUCAACAAGCACCCAAAACUUCAGGCUCAAAUAAACAGAUAAUGUCUAGGGAGCAGAUAACAUACUGUAUAAUCUACCUGUGUGACGUAGCAUUCAGAUCUGAGGGCUUCGCUAACGACAAUAUGCACGUGAUUGAUCUCAAUUUCUUCAUAAGGGCCUCACUACAAGGUCUUGAACUUUCUAGGUUCCGCACGGUGGCAAACCGUAAUAACAUUACCACUGCUGAGCACAACUGGCUAUACAAGGUUGAGAGAAGCAUUCUUGAUCACCUCCAGGGAUAUCCAAAUGUUGCUAGCUCAAUCGUAAAGGAAUACAUUGAUGCAAUCAACAGUGUCGGGAUUGGAUUCUAUGAUGGCGUUUACCCAUUGGUGCUGUUUGAGGCCUUGAUUAGUCUCGCUACGGGCAGGAGUGAUCUACAGAGCCCCCUUGUGGAGAUGUGCGCUAACUUACUUCUAGAUUCCAAUAACCCACAAGAGAAAUUUACUCUACCCUCUAGUAACAGUUUCGACAUAAUGCUUGAGCUGUUUGAUGAUGGUCAAACAGAGGCACUCUCAAGACAACACAGGGAUUUUGCUGCUAAGAAACUAACACAGAUAUCUGAAACUUUCCUAGCUGAAAUAGAUGUCAGUAAGAGGUCUAACCACGAACUGCUAACUAAGGUACUUCAAAACUUGGAGGGCUAUGAGGACCACAGACUGUUACAGAUGAUAUGUAGCAAUCUAAAGCUUCACAUGAGUAAGAUCACCCACCAGGACCACAUAGAAAGCUGUCUCAAGGUUGUUGUUCAUUGUGUGAAACUUUCCCGUGGGAAUGGCAUCGUCUUCAACUUCCUGCUGGAUCAACGAGAUAAAGACUUUAUUCUGACUCUGGCAAAGAAAGUCGGAAUUAGCUGUCUUAAGCUAUUUGUCUCUGAUUGGCGGGAAUUUUUCUCCAAUUAUGAGAUUAAGCGGCUGCUGAUGCACCUAAAGGAGACCAUACUUGAAUGUAAGUCUCUCCCCAAGGAGGUUGUCACACUUAUUAUGCACUACUACGAGUCUGUAGAGCAGCACGAGGAACACGCCUGUGAUCUUCUCUCAUUCUUCAAGCCAAAUGACUCCAACUACACAAAGGCCGUCAUGAAGAUUCUCGCCAAUGCUAAUCGCUACCCACCAAAUGCUUUGUUCCAACUUGCCAAAAUGCAACAUGAUGCUAAAAAAGUGAAAUCGGAAAUUAUGGACAAAAACACUAUGGAUAUAGUUGAGUUGGCUCUAAAACAACUCGAGAAGUCGUAUAAUGGGUAUGAGGCCAGCCAAACUGUGCUCAAUCAUAUAGACUGGAUGUACAAACUGUGUACAAGUGGUGCCCUGGGUCAGCCUAAAGAGAUCUCAAAGAGUGAACAGUUUACUAAAAUGGUCUCUACGCUCAGUGAAACUUGCAGUAAACACCCGGAGAUUAUUCUCAGAGUAUUACAGCAUCUUGAGAAAUGUCCAGAUCUGUUGAAAAAAUGCUCAAGCUUAGGGAACACUCUAAUCGAUGCAUACAGGAACUCGUUUGAACACCAGUUUCAGGAUUGUGGACAUGGUUCAUACGGCUCUGUGAUCACUGAAAUGGUGAAAGCAAGACUACAUUGUAAACAAUAUGCCAAGAAUGGUGGCGAUACAAAGUUUGAUGAUGUAGUUGUCGAGCAUGUAAAAUUUGUCCAUAGCGGUAAGAAAAAACUUCAGAGAAUGAUUGAUGAAGAAUUUGGAAGAAAGCGUCUUACAUAGAAACCUAGUACAAAUGUACCUGUUCAGACAUAUGUAGAGAAAAUCAGAUUUAUAUACAGGAGUCAGAGUUAUAAUGUACAGUUGACAUAGAUAUUUAGAUUAAAAAAGACAUGUACUUCUAUAUCUUACUAUAGUAAGACACAGAAUAUAUAGAAAGUCACUCAAGCUCAGACACAUUGCAAGAAAGGUUAACAUAUGUAUUUAAAGUCAGGUACAAUAACUGAGAGACAAACAUAUGUUCCAAUAGACAGAUAAUGUACUGAAAGUCAAGACUUAUGUACUGAGAUUCAAAUACCAGUAAAUGUACAUGAACAGAAAGUCAGAU